AUGAUGAGCACAAAUGAAACAAUAAUAACUGAAUUUAUUCUGUUAGGAUUCAGUGAUGAUAAACAUAUAAAGCUGCUUUUGUUCGCCUUAUUUUUAUAUAUCUACAUUGUGACUAUCACUGGAAAUAUUCUUAUUGUCGCCAUUGUAUAUGGAGAUUUAAAUCUGCACACCCCCAUGUAUUUCUUUCUAAGUAAUUUAUCAUGUUUAGAAAUUUUGUAUACAUCUAAUAUUAUCCCAAAAAUGUUAGUUAAUAUUAUAAUGGACAAUCCCACGGUGCCAUUCACAGGAUGCAUUGUUCAGCUGUAUUUCUUUGGUUCUCUGGGGUCCACUGAAUGCUUUCUUUUAGGGGCUAUGGCCUAUGACAGAUAUGUAGCCAUCUGCAAACCAUUACAUUAUUCCUUACUUAUGACUACUAGGACAAGUAUAUUGAUGGCUUUAUGUUCUUGGUUAACAGGAUUUAUUGCUACUUUUGGUGCAAUUGUGUUAGUUUCCCAUUUGCGCUUCUGUGGCCCCAAUAAAAUUAAACAUUUUUUCUGUGACCUUCAGCCAGUUCUAAAAUUAUCCUGCAAAAAUGCCCACACUAUGGAAACUGUGUCAUGGAUUUUAGCCACCACCAUUCUUCUAGGUUCUUGUCUCCUUACACUAGCAUCGUACAGUAAAAUCAUACUAACUAUGAUAAAAAUUCCCUCUUCUAAAGGUCGACAAAAAGCUUUCUCCACCUGUACCGCCCAUCUUACAGUAGUUAUUAUUUUUUAUGGUGCUAUGAUUUUCAUGUAUGUCAGUCCGAACACAGCAAAAACUGAAAAGUUUAAUAAAAUCUUAUCUUUACUUUAUACUGUUGUAACCCCUUUUAUGAAUCCCUUCAUCUAUACUCUGAGAAAUCAGGAUGUGAAAAAAGCACUCCAUAAAGCAAUUCUAAAGACAUCUAAAGGUAACUAA